AAUCAGUAGACUACCGCUUCCCCACCGACUUUCUCACCACCACCACCCAAAACAACAUGCAAUAACAUCAACUAAGAACUGCCUAGCACCUCCACCUCCCCCACUUUUCCAUCUCCCUCAACUUCUCCAUUAAUGGUUAAACCUCUACCUCUCCUCCUCCUCCUCCUCACCAUCAACACCACCACUUCAUCAUCAUCAUCAUCAUCAUCAUCAUCAUCAUCAGAGAAACUCAAAAGAGUGAAAAACAAAAAGCUAACACACUUCACAGAGUACUGGCAUGACAUAGUGAGCGGCCCCAACCCAUCCGGUGCCAUGGUGGCCCAAGCUCCGACCACCAACACCUCCACCACCUCCUUCGGCCUCGUUCGCAUCAUUGACAACCCUCUCACCAAAGGCCCAACCAUGUCCUCCGAUCUCCUCGGCCGUGCUCAGGGCUUCUACGCUUUCACUUCUUUGGAGUCUGUUGGCCUUUUCAUGGCCAUGAACUUUAUCUUCACUUCCGGCAAGUAUAACGGCAGCACUGUCACCAUUCUUGGGCGGGAUGAGAUCUUCACUGACGUCCGAGAGAUGCCGGUCAUCGGCGGCAGUGGCCUUUUCCGGUGGGCUCAGGGGUAUGCUCAGGCCAGGACUAGCAUAGUCAAUAUGACUACUCAUGAUGCUGUUGUUAAGUAUGAUGUGCAUGUAAUGCAUUACUAAUUAAUUAUUUCAUCUUUAUCAAUUUCUUUUUUAUUUAUAGGCAUAUUUCUAUGCUAGAAUCUCAAACCAAAACCUUAUUAUGCAAAUUUAAUCUUUAAUUUUUAUUGACUAAAAGAAAAUAAAAUUUAUCCUCCAUAUUGUUUUGGGAGACGUACAUCAAGGAACAUAUAUUCUUCAUGGAAGUGAAGGGGGCAGCUUGCUUCAUUUACAAGACGAAUUAUAUCCCUCUUAAUAUAUUUUUGCAUAUUGUUCCAAUGCCACUCAUUAAUUAAUGAAUACCAUAAGACCAGUGCAAUCCACACACACACACAGAGACAGAUUUAUUGGUUUGCAUUCCUGUUUACAGCCAUACUGUAUAAAAAAAGCAGAGACUUAUGAGUACAAAUAAGCAGCUUAGGGACCAGUAAUUGGUCCUGGUGAAGGAGGAGGUGGUGGGGGGCUGUAAGGUCUAAGCGCUUCCAAAGAACGCCUGUAUGCAUAAAUCUGGGAU